AGAUGAAGAACUUGAUUGAUUUUGUCUUCUCUUGGUCCAUUUCUGAUAUCUGCAACCAAAACCUUUACAAGGACAAGGUUGUGAUGGAGAUUCCAGAAUCAUUUUCAUCUGCUUCAAAAUACUUGGAUUCGUUCAAAAUGCCACUUAUUGAAGAAACCCAUUCAGAUUUGUUCUCCAAUUUCAAGACAUUGUCAAAGGCACCUAUCUGCAGAGUAGUUUCAAUUCAAAAAAAGACCAAGGAAGAGAAGGACAACGACAGAGGACCCCUUAAAGAUAAGUUCAAACAUAAUACAUACGAAAUCAAAUAUACAUACAUUGAGCACAAUCCUAAAGAUAAAGAUAAAGAUAAACAUGUCAUGUAUGAACCGAAAGCGGGUGAUCUCUUUGUCUUUACAGAAGUCAAGCCGAGGUUUAUUGAUGAUCUCAAAGGAUGCCGAUUGCCAUUUACUCUUGGUUUAGUUAAAUGGAAUGAUCCUGAAAUGGAUAACAUCAUGUACAUAAUCGCGUCGAACAUCGUCGAUCAUAACUUCAGAAGGAGUGAUCUUUAUGUUGUUUAUCUUACCAACAUGAUCACGAAUACGCGAAUAUGGUCUGCAUUGAACCCUUCAAAUACUGAAGGAGAUAGUUUGAGAAUAAUUAAGAAUGUUCUUGAUGUUUGUCCAUCUGUAAAUGAUUGUGAUUCAUGCUGCUCUGUUGAAGAGAAUCAGAGUGAUUCUCUUUCACUAGCAAGACUUCUUUUAAGUUCGUUUGAUUUGGAUGAUUCACAAAAUGAUGCGGUUUUGGAAUGCAUUGCUAUGAAGGAUUGUCAACAUCUUAACAGUGUGAAACUAAUAUGGGGUCCUCCUGGAACUGGUAAGACAAAAACGGUUGCUUCUAUGUUGUUUGUUUUACUAAGGUUGAAAUGUAGGACACUUACAUGUGCACCCACAAACAUUGCUGUUGUUGGUGUGGCAUCCCGUCUAAUUGGUUUGUUUCGAGAGAAUCUCGAAUCAGAUGUGUAUCGGUUGGGAGAUAUAGUUUUGUUUGGAAAUGCCCAGAGAAUGAACAUAGAUGAUCAUGAGGAACUUUUUCAUGUGUUUUUGGAUAAUCGCCUUUUGAUUCUUUCGCGUUGUUUAGCUUCUUCGACCGGGUGGAUUGGUUGUGCUAGAGCCUUAACCAAUCUACUUGAAGAACCUAUAAAAGCUUAUGGUUGCUUUUUGAACAAGGGAAAGAAAAAGAUAAGAGACAACCCCGGGGAGAAUUUUGUGAAUCUUAAGGAUAUUCGAAACAUGGAAACGGGUAAAGACAUUUUUAUGUGUACCAUGAAGGAGGUACAUAGGAAGUUGAAGAAGAUUAAGAUGAAACCGAUAGAAUUGUACAUAUCUGACGAGAAUAUUGAAGCGAUUCCAUUUGAAGAGUUCUUUGUGAAAGAAUACAACUCUUUAAGGAACCGUCUCAUAAUUCAUAUUGGAUCUUUAUAUACUCAUUAUCCAACAAGGUUGAUCACAUCAACCGCAGUUGUGAAGAUGAUUAGACUCGUCGAACUGCUCAGUUCGAUUCGAAUAGAGUUUAGAAAAGAACUGAAUCCUUUAGAGAUUGAAUGUGUCCAAAUACUUAAAAGCCUCCAAGAAGAAGUAAAUUUGCCCGAAGCUGUUUCAUGCGAUCUUCAAGGUCUUAGCAAGAAAAAUGAAGCUAGUUCAUGCAAUCUUGAUGUAUUUGUCAAGAAAAAUGAAUCUGGUUCAAGCGAAAGUCUUCGAAAUCUUUGCAUGGAAAACGCCGUUUUGAUAUUUUGCACUGCCUCUAGCUCGUGCAAUUUGGAAACCGAUGUAACCAUGCCUUUGGAAUUAUUAGUUGUGGAUGAAGCCGCACAACUUAAAGAAUGCGAAUCUACGAUACCAUUGCAACUAUUUGGUCUAAAGCAUGCAAUUCUUAUAGGGGACGAAAAACAACUUCCUGCCAUGGUCCAAAGCGAGAUAUCUAAUGAGGCUAAGAUGGGUAGAAGUCUAUUUGAACGGAUGGUGAUCUUAGGUAUGCCAAAACAUCUUCUCAACAUCCAAUAUAGAAUGCAUCAAUCAAUUAGCCUAUUUCCAAACAAACAAUUUUAUCAAGGCAUGAUUUUGAAUGGCCCCAAUGUCAUAAAGAGACAAUACGAGAAGCAUUUCCUCGAUGGACCUAUGUUCGGUUCCUACUCUUUCAUCGAUAUUUGUGAUGGUAGGGAGGAUUUUGGUGGACAUAGUAGCAAAAACAUGGUUGAGGUAGCCGUUGUUGCACAUAUUGUCGAAAGACUCUACAAAACAUCGGUUGCAUCGAAACGGAAAAUAAGCAUCGGAUGCAUAGCACCUUACAAGGCUCAAGUUUUUGCCAUGGAGAAAAGCCUCGAGAAAUGGACAAAUAAUUUUUAUAGAGAUUUCUCGGUGAGUGUUCGGUCGGUUGAUGGUUUUCAAGGAGGAGAAGAAGACUUGAUAAUUAUAUCAACUGUUAGAUGCAAUGUGAAGGGAUCCAUUGGUUUUCUUUCCAAUUACCAAAGGGCAAAUGUAGCCUUAACUCGAGCUAGGUAUGGAAUGUGGAUAUUGGGUAAUGCUUCAACCUUGAUCAAUAGUGACUCAAUUUGGAAAGAUUUGGUUGUUGAUGCAAAGGAAAGGGGUUGUUAUUUCAAUGCCUUAGACGAUGAUAAUCUAUCUAAAGUAAUUCAAUCUUCACUUAUUGACUUCGAUAAUCUAAAUUUGUUACUUAAAUCUGACUCUCCCCUUUUCAAGAAUUCCAAAUGGAAGGUUGGUUCACUUUAG